GCUGCAGAGUGAUUCGCGUGUAUUGUAGUAAGCGGCGAGGUUACAGCCAUAAAGCGAGAGAGAGAGAGAGAGAGAGGAGGGCGCUUAACAGGGAGGACGGACGGAGGCAAAAGCAGGUGGAUUGUAGCAUAAAGAACAAGGGCAAGAGAUCACAAUGCAAGCUCAUGAAUUGUUUAGGCAUCUGCGAAUGCCAGAACUCGAUGAUGUAAGGCAGUACGUGCGCACUCUUCCAACAAACACGCUGAUGGGAUUCGGUGCUUUUGCAGCUCUUACAACUUACUGGUAUGCCACAAGACCUAAAGCUCUGAAGCCACCAUGUGAUUUAGCAAUGCAGUCUGUGGAAGUAGAGGGUGAAGAGCAUGCCCGACGAUCGUCAUUACUUGACAGCGAUGAGCCAGUAAUAUACUACUAUGAUGAUGUGAGAACAGUUUAUGAUGUAUUGCAAAGGGGACUAUAUGUGUCAAACAAUGGCCCCUGUUUGGGUGUAAGAAAACCAAAUCAGCCAUAUGAAUGGAUCUCUUAUAAGGAGACCGCAGAAAGAGCAGAAUGCGUUGGUUCAGCACUUCUCAAUAAAGGCUUCAAACCAUCUCCUGAUCAGUACAUAGGAAUCUUUUCGCAGAACAGGCCUGAGUGGGUUAUCAUCGAACAAGGAUGCUACACUUAUUCUAUGGUGGCUGUACCCCUCUACGACACUCUUGGAACAGAAGCUAUCACUUUCAUUGUAAAUAAAGCUGAUCUAUCACUGGUUUUUUGUGAUAAGCCUGAAAAAGCUAAACUUCUGCUGGAUAGCGCUGAGAAGGGAGAAAUGUCAGUCCUCAAAACGAUUGUGAUCAUGGAUCCCUUUGACAGUGAGCUUGUGACUCGUGGAAAGAAAUGUGGGGUAGAUAUCAUCAGUAUGAAAGAAAUGGAGGCACUGGGGAGAGCCCACAAACACAAACCUGUACUUCCCAAACCAGAAGACCUAGCCAUAAUCUGUUUCACCAGUGGAACUACAGGAAAUCCCAAAGGAGCAAUGCUUACGCACAAAAAUAUAGUGAGCAAUAUGUCAGCAUUUGUGAAAGCUACAGAGAAAGCAGUUUUUCCUUGUACUGAAGAUACUUUAAUCUCCUUCUUGCCCCUGGCCCAUAUGUUUGAAAGAGUUGUGGAGUGUGUGAUUCUCUGCCAUGGAGCUCGGAUAGGAUUUUUCCAGGGAGACAUCCGGCUUCUUAUGGAUGAUUUGAAAACUUUGCAGCCUACAGUGUUCCCAGUUGUGCCAAGGCUGCUGAACAGAAUGUUUGACAAAAUCUUUGGCCAAGCAAAUACUUCAUUUAAGCGGUGGAUAUUGGAUUUUGCUUCCAGGAGGAAAGAGGCAGAACUUAGAAGUGGCAUAAUUAGAAAUAAUAGCCUGUGGGAUAAAAUGAUUUUCCGUAAAAUACAGGCAAAUCUGGGAGGAAAAGUGAGGCUUAUGAUUACAGGAGCAGCUCCUGUUUCUGCAAAUGUUCUGACCUUCUUAAGAGCAGCUCUUGGUUGUCAGUUUUAUGAAGGCUAUGGACAGACAGAAUGCACAGCUGGGAGUUCUCUAACAAUACCUGGAGACUGGACUGCUGGUCACGUUGGUGCCCCGAUGCCUUGCAAUCUCAUAAAGCUUGUUGAUGUGGAAGAAAUGAAUUAUUUUGCUGCCAAAGGAGAGGGUGAGGUUUGCAUAAAAGGGCCAAAUGUGUUCCAAGGGUAUCUGAAGGACCCUGAAAAGACUGCAGAAGUUCUCGACAAAGAUGGCUGGUUACACACUGGAGAUGUUGGGAAAUGGUUACCGAAUGGUACCCUAAAGAUAAUUGACAGGAAAAAACACAUAUUCAAACUUGCACAGGGAGAAUAUAUAGCACCAGAAAAAAUAGAAAAUGUAUAUAUGAGGAGUGAACCUGUUGCCCAGGUAUUUGUCCACGGUGAAAGCUUGCAGGCUUUCCUAAUAGGAAUUGUGGUACCAGAUCCAGAGGUGUUAUCCAGCUGGGCAAAGAGAAAAGGACUGGGAGGCACUUAUGAAGAACUAUGCAAAAACAAAGACAUCAAAAAACAUAUUCUGGAAGACAUACUGAAAGUUGGAAAAGACUUUGGCUUGAAGUCUUUUGAACAGGUCAAAGGCAUUGCCCUUCACCCAGAAAUGUUUUCUGUCGAAAAUGGCCUGCUAACACCAACAUUAAAGGCAAAGAGACCUGAGCUACGCAAAUACUUCAUGUCCCAGAUAGAAGAACUCUAUGCUAAUAUCCAGAUGUAACGGAGGCAAAACUGCUGGAGAGAACGGCACGUGCUAUUGACCGUCAUAUCUAUGAACUGACUACAGCAAACAUAGGGAUGAAAUCAGUGCAAUCAUUAAUGUGUACGCAAACUGGUACUCGACAUAGGAAAACGGAAGGAAAACGGAACACUGCCUUACUGUCCACUUGUGUUGCAGACCAUUUUUUAAUAGUGACAUACAACUUCCUCAAUGCGCCUUAAAAUGUAAAUGGUAUUUGUGUGAUUUGUAAGUUAUUUAAGACUUCCUCAGCCAAAAAUGUGACUCUCUCUCCAAGGCAUGUGAAGGGAUAUGUGUGUUGCUAGCACAUUUUAUUGUCUUUAGUAUAUUGUACAGCUAGAAGAUUUGGCAUAUGGAGGUUUUUAUUGUACCAUGUCAGAGGAACACUGAUAACAAAGUGUCCCUUAUUUGUUUUGGAUCUAGAACUUGGGUGGAAUCUUGGCUGCCUCAGUUCCUCAAUGACUAUUUGGAAGUUUUAUUUAAUUUCUGGGUGCUAACGCAACCAGCCACAUCACAAAUGAUCAGAUAUUGUAUCUUUAGAAUUAGUUAAGGAUGUCUUAUGCCCUUGGAAUCUAGAUGAAACUACCCAUGCAACAAAAGGUGUCAGCUUCAUGAGAUCCAGAGUUGGUUGGGCCAUAGUGGCACCAUGCUGUAGAACGCACGUGGAUGUUGAUGGAAUUCCAGUAUUGGGGCUAAUAGUCCCGUUCAUUUAUUGCCAGCCACUAGAUUGCUGUAGCAGAGCAGGCUUAACCAUGAUAACUUAACGUUUUGAUCUCUGUACAAAACUAGCUUCUGCCUCUCAUCCACUGAAUGCAGACUAUUGAGGAAAUAAAAGUGAGGAUCCUAAAUGAAAUUGGUAGGGCAAAGAGUGAAAAUGUUUGGCUAAGUAUGCAAGAGAGGCAGGAAAUGGGAUGUGGUUUUAACAAGGGAUAUAUUUCAUUGGGGGUUGGGAAGGAGAUUUGAGUUACCAUACAUCUACAUCUUUAUAUCUUUCUUUGGGGGUGGGGUGGAGGUGGAAUUGAGAUGCCUUGUAGUAACCCAUGCUUGAGUUUUCCCCCCCAUAUAGCAGUCAUUAAUCCCUGUUAAAUAUAUGUAAACAAGCACAACAAAGUUUGCACUAAAGAUUGUGUGAUUGUAAUGCACUACCCAGUUGCAGAAUUUCAUACAUGUGUACCAUAACUGCACACCAGUAUCCAAACCAAUACUCCUAGAGUAUUAAGUCACUUGUUACAUUGGCGUUCAAAUGUUUGCUUAGUGUUGGCUAUUUCUAUAUUUUAUAAACCAAAAUUUCCAAAAACCAAUGAAGGAAACCAAAAUAAAUAUUUCUGAAUUUAA